CUCGUCUUGUUCGCGGCUGCGCAAAGAGUAAUUCGACCCUCAAACCCGGAUGUAACCAACGCCUAACCUCCCAGAAGAAAAACGAUGCAGACUAUAAAAUGUGUAGUUGUAGGAGACGGUGCAGUAGGAAAGACCUGCUUACUGAUCUCAUACACGACCAACAAGUUCCCCUCAGAAUAUGUGCCUACGGUUUUUGACAAUUAUGCAGUGACAGUGAUGAUUGGGGGAGAGCCCUAUACACUCGGCCUUUUUGACACAGCAGGUCAGGAGGAUUAUGACAGGCUGCGUCCUCUCAGUUAUCCACAGACAGAUGUGUUCCUUGUGUGUUUCUCUGUCGUCUCCCCCUCAUCAUUUGAAAAUGUCAAAGAGAAGUGGGUUCCUGAGAUUUCUCACCACUGCCCACGCACACCCUUCCUGUUGGUGGGCACACAGGUGGAUCUGCGGGAAGACAGCAACACGGUUGAGAAGCUGGCAAAGAACAAACAGCGGCCUCUAUAUCCUGAGAGUGGAGAGAAACUGGCUCGUGAGCUCAGGGCUGUCAAAUAUGUGGAGUGCUCUGCUCUUACACAGCGAGGGCUUAAGAAUGUGUUUGACGAGGCCAUCCUGGCAGCCUUGGAGCCUCCAGAGACCAAAACCAGGAAAAAGUGCGUUCUGCUAUAGAUGAACAACGACACUGGGAGACAUAAUGGUGUAAGAAAUAGGUGGGGUGAAUGAAAACACCAGAAAGAUCAAUGGCUAUUAUGAAAAAAAAGGACAAAACAAAAGAGGAAGGGAGACACAGUGCCAUUGAGUCUUAUUCUAAUACACGUGUAUACUGAUUGUGCCUUUGAUAAAAUAAAAGCAGAUGAGGCAGCAAAACCUCAACAUGCAUUUAAUGCAGCAAGUGUCACCGAAAAGCUUUUUUUUUUAUUAUUAUUAUUUUAAAUGCAGUGUUCUCUCUACAAACAACCAGGUGGGGCGGGCCCCCCCUGCCUGUCACUGUUGCUCCGUUCUUUUUCAAAGAAAGAUUCUUUUAUUUAGUUGCCUUUGAACACUUUGCUUACAUUUAACAUUAAGUUUUUUAGUGAACUGUUAGUACAUUAAAGGGGCAACUUAAUGUUAAAUGGUACUCUUGUUUGCUUGCUUCUCUGACCAUUUUGGAUUGAAUAACGAAAGAACAAGAAUUAUAUUGUCACUCCAUACAAAGGUAGCUCUCUGAAAUGAUUACUUUCCUCUGAAUCCCAGUAUCUUUUGUGGGAGUGCAAAGUGAAUCUUUAACAAUUUCGCUUCACCAGAUAACUUUCUAUUUUAUUCUCUUUUUGUUCAUACUGUGUUAAUUCUGUGACUUUGUUUUGGGAAAAUUUUAUUUGUUUUGAAACUUGACUUUUUAUUUUAACCAGAUUUUUUUUUUAUUGCUAGACUACCAACUUUGAGUAAUUGAUACUGUAACAAAUUAAGUUGUAAUUUUUUUGAUAGGUCUUAGUCUUUAUUGAGAUUGAGAGGAUAACCUUUGAUCGUACAUUUCUGGGUGUUUGUAAUCACAGGAUAUUUUUAAUAAAAAUGGUUUAAUGACACGAAAA